CGCGGGACGCGCACCAUGGCUCGGCGCUCGCUGCUCCCGUGGCUGCGGCUCCUCGUGCUGGGGCUCGGGCUGGCGCCGCUGCGCGCCGCGUCGGGGGAGCGGGCGCCAGGCACCGCCCCCUGCUCUCGAGGCAGCUCGUGGAGCGCGGACCUGGACAAGUGCAUGGACUGCGCGUCGUGCCCGGCGCGACCACACAGCGACUUCUGCCUGGGCUGUGCCGCGGCCCCUCCCGCCCCCUUCCGGCUGCUCUGGCCCAUCCUGGGGGGCGCCCUGAGCCUGGUCCUCGUGCUGGGGCUGCUUUCUGCCUUCUUGGUCUGGAGACGGUGCCGCAGGAGAGAGAAGUUCACCACCCCCAUAGAGGAGACCGGCGGAGAGGGCGGAGAGGGCUGUCCCGGCGCGGCCCUGAUCCAGUGACUGAGCGCCCCCUGCCAGCCCGGGCCACACCCACUCGCCAUUCAUUCAUUCGUUCCUUCCAGAGCCAGGCUCCUCCAGCCACAAGUGGGGGGGCCGAGUGAAUCACCUCGGAGCCGGGCCCGGGGUUCAGAGGCUUCCAAGGUGUCUGGUUGCCCCGUCUCUGGCUCCCGGACAGCAGAGCAGCCUCCUGGUGGCUCACCCCAAACGGAUGGAUGACACUACGAAAUCGCAGUUUUGCACAAGAGGGCCAGACACACCGCUAGGCUCCACCCACGCCCGUGUCCUCAAAUUCUUCCGCGGGGGUCCCAGCCUGGGGGCGAGGGAACCUGCUGGUAACACUAGGGGGCUGGCCCUCCACCGGGGCUGGCCCUAAGACUCAGACCUCCCCAGCCCCCAAAGGGGGAGGGAAUAUUUAUUUUGGGGAGAAAGUUUUCAGGGGAGGGAGAAUUUAUUAAUAAAAGAAAUCUUUAACUUUAAA